AUGGCUAAAGGCGGCGGCAGGUUUUUGUCAGGCUGCUCCACUCAGAGGAAACCUAAGAAGAAGAGUACGAUGGUUCCCUCAGAUUCAAUGUUAGAUUACUAUGAAUCAGAUGAUUCCGUUGAUUCGCCGCCGCUCAAGUCAGAUAAAUGUGGGUCGGAUGACGAUUACAGAUUCUCGGAUCCUGCAACGAAUUCGUCGGAAGGGGCCGACGAUGAUUCCACGGUCGUUGAUAAGGCGGCGCCGGUGUAUAUCGUCGAAGAACUUGGAGUUCGAUUUUUGAAGAUGCCCAUUAACGUGAUGAAGGGUUUCAAUUCAAACGAAGGCACAAAAUUCGAAUUUGAAAACCUUGUGGAUGUAACCUCAACAUAUGAUCGUGGAUUGAGGACUUAUUUUCUGGCUUUUGAAGCCACGGAUUCCGAUUUGAUAUUCGAGAUAUUUCCGGGCUGA